AUGGAGUUCCGUCUCUCAAAAAUGCUUACUUUUCUCACUCUGACCACACUGGUGGGAAUGGCAAGUCAUGCAGCUGCUGUGCGGCAGCCGUUGCCUCAACUUUCCUACUGGAACUCCGUCCUGCCGAACACGCCAAUUCCAAAAGCUUUUCGUGAACUUAUCCAUCCUGGAGUCCCUCACUUGUACUUUGCUUUGGUUUAUGUUGCUAAAUCUGCAGACUUAGUAUCCAAGAACUUUCUCCGUCCUGCUGGCACUGAGAACCAACUUGACAAAGCCACUGAUGCUCUUGGCCCUUGUGCUGGCUUGGUCCUCAUGGAGAAGGACUUGCACCCUGGAAAAACACUGAAAUAUGGCUUCCCCAGAGAUACCACAAGCAAAUCAUCACGCUUUGUGUCCCGCCCAACCGCGGAGUCGAUCCCCUUCUCAUCAAACAAAAUGGAAGAAAUUCUCAAACGAUUUUCGCUGAGGCCGGAAUCAUCAGAAGCCAAUACAAUCAAGGAAACCAUUGGUUAUUGCGAAAUGCCGGCCAUGAAAGGAGAAGAAAGAUAUUGUGCUACCUCUUUGGAGUCACUGGUUGACUUCGCCACCUCCGAGCUCGGAUCGAAUAUCCGAACAAUGUCGACGGAGAUGGAAAGAGGAGCCAACAAUGAUGUGGAGCAGACUUACACAAUAACCGACGGAGUGAAGGUGCUGGCCGAGGACAAAGUCGUCACGUGCCAUAAGAUGAGCUAUCCAUUUGCUGUGUUCUUGUGCCAUGCCAUAGAAAAGACAAGGGCCUACAUGGUGCCUAUGGAAGGUGCCGACGGGACCAAGGCAAAUGCAGUAAUUAUAUGCCAUCGAGACACAUCUAAAUUUGCACCAAACAACUGGGGCUUGUCACAGCUCCAUCUUAAACCAGGAGAAGGUCCCCUCUGCCAUCUUCUCUCCGACGGACAUCUUACCUGGCUUAGAGAGAAAAACCUAGAUGAACAAUACAUAGUUUCAGUUGCCUGA